UCGAACCGACCACCCGAGAAGCAAGCAACUGUUUGGAGAGAGCCUCAAUUCUUUUGGGCUUUUCUCUUUUCUCGUUUGUUUCCCAUCCCUUUUCAUUUUAUCAAUAUACACUCGUUUCUGUAUACUAAUGUACACUCACUACGCGUAAUUCUGGUUGCUGCUGUUGGAGAUAAUCCGUAACAUCGUCGUCCUUGAAACACGAAGAACGAUAGAAAUCAGGGGCACGACCACGUCGCUCGUUGCAAAAGUUUGCUGUAUUCUACCCGGAUCCGAAACGACGUAUCUUUCUUAAAGCACACGAAGCGUCGGCCGGCGCUCAGCAAACUCUACUGAGUCGUCAGUCCGUCGAUAGGUGCCAGUCCUUGGCCCUUGAUCCAACAUGGCUCUCAACCUCCCAUCGAUGGGCGGCGGCGGAGGGGCUCACACGCAACCGUCAUUGCCCUCUCUGCCGGCCCAUCUCCAGUCCGAUACUCACUUGACGGCACAUCUCGCUAGUCGCUUCCACGUCUCCAUCCCGACGGCCCGUCUAUCUUCUCAUGCCCUCAUCUCCUUAAACACCUACACCUCGUCAACCAAAGGCCUCGAUGGAGGUAAAGAAGGGAGCGCCAUGGCCGGCGCUGAAGACAUGGCCGACAGAGCUUUUCUUAGAUUGGGACAUCGCACUGAAAACCAGGCGAUCAUCUUUCUGGGAGAAUCUGGCUCUGGUAAAACGACUAUCCGAUCUCAUCUACUAACCUCGCUCCUGAACAAGUCCUCUACGCCACUAUCGAGCAAGAUUUCUCUUGCCGCAUAUGUUUUCGAUACACUUACCACCACGAAGACGGCGACGACGCCGACAGCCUCCAAGGCCGGUCUGUUCUACGAACUUCAAUAUGAUACAGCCGCGACUACCAACCCUAUGCUAAUUGGUGGUAAGUUGCUGGAUCAUCGUCUUGAGCGAAGUAGAAUUACCGAUGUGCCAACCGGAGAGCGUAAUUUCCACAUUCUAUAUUAUCUUCUCUCGGGAACCAGCGAGGCGGAGAAGACACACUUGGGUAUCGAUACGCCAAGAGAUGCUGCUGGGCAAAGACGUUGGAAAUAUCUGGGUCACCCCACCCAGCUCAAGGUCGGGAUCAAUGAUGCUGAGGGUUUUCAGCUUUUUAAGACGGCCCUGCGAAAAUUGGAGUUUCCGAGAAGCGAAAUUGCCGAGGUCUGUCAAAUACUGGCAUGUAUCCUGCAUAUUGGACAGUUAGAAUUCGAGACGACCGCGAACACCACCGCAACAGCUGACGACAGUGGUGGUUUCUCUCACGAAGGUGGCCAGAAUAUCACGGCUGCGCGGAACAAGGAUGUGUUAGGAAUUAUCGCCGCCUUCCUGGGGGUCAGCUCCCAGGACCUCCAGAACACCAUGGGAUACAAAACGAAAAUGAUUCACCGUGAACGUGUAACCGUCAUGUUAGACCCCAACGGUGCACGCGCCAACGCCGAUGAGUUGGCCAGGACGUUGUAUUCCCUUCUCGUCGCAUAUGUGAUCGAGAAUAUCAACCAGAAAAUCUGCGCUCCUGAGGAAUCGAUUGUAAACACUGUCAAUAUUAUUGAUUUCCCUGGCUUCUCUCAGCAAUCCUCUACUGGGUCUGCUCUUGAUCAGCUACUCAACAAUGCUGCCGUCGAGUCCCUCUACAAUUUGACUCUCCAGAAUUUCUUCGAUAGAAAAGCCGACAUGUUGGAUACCGAAGAAGUAACAGUUCCCGCGACGAGCUAUUUCGACAACUCGGAUGCUGUUAAAGGACUCUUAAAACCUGGAAACGGUCUGCUAAGCAUUCUAGACGACCAGACCAGGCGACACCGGACCGACAUGCAGCUUCUAGAAAGUCUGAGGAAGCGCUUCGAAGGCAAAAACCCGGCCAUCAACGUAGGUUCUGCAACAGCAAGACUACCUGGAAGCAAUUUCAUGUCAGAGAAUACGGCAGCCACUUUCACCGUGAAGCACUUUGCUGGUGAGGUUGACUAUCCCAUCAAGGGAUUGGUCGAAGAGAAUGGUGAAGUGAUUUCCAGCGACGUGAUGAACUUGAUCAAAUCGAGCAAGAGCGAAUUUGUCACCCGUCUUUUUGGCCAAGAGGCCCUCCAAACGGUUAUGCAUCCCCAAGAGAGGACUACUGUUAUGCAAGCAUCGGUAAGCUCCAAGCCCAUGCGAGCGCCCAGUGUCAUGUCAAGAAAGACUGGCCGCACAAUGGGGUCUCGGAGGCCGCGACGACAAGAUUCUGUAGACGAUUUUGGUGGCAGCGAGGCAGGAGAUCACAGGGGCGAGAGUCGGGCGAGAGGCGACGGAAGGAAACCCAGUAUGCAUCAUUCAGAACAGGGAGCAUCUGGGCAAUUCUUGUCCUCACUAGAAAACGUGAAGCAGGCGAUCACGGCGCCAAACACCAACGCCUACUUCGUAUUCUGUCUCAAACCUAACGAUAGGCGAAUCGCGAACCAAUUCGACAGCAAAUGUGUCCGUACCCAAGUGCAGACGUUUGGCAUUGCCGAGAUAAGUCAGCGGCUUAGGUCGGCUGACUUCAGCUUGUUCUUACCUUUCGGCGAGUUCCUAGGUCUUAAUGACGCCGAGGCUAUUCUCGUCGGCAGUGAGCGAGAGAAGGUCGAGGCUGUCAUCCAAAGCAAACAGUGGCCGAGCAACGAAGUACAAGUUGGCUCAACUGGUGUAUUCCUCAGCGAGCGCUGCUGGUUGGAGAUUGCGCGGUUGGGUGACAGCUCCUCCAACCGGUACGCGUCCGAUGCUGGAGACGGAUCAACUCCCGAUCUACCAUUCGGGGCUUCGAAGGAACGGUUGCUCGCUAUGGGUAACACACCACAAUACACUGACAAAGGUCGAGGCGGGUACUUCGGCAGCAAUGAUAUCGACGCUCGUUCUGAUGCUGGGGCUUCAGCCUUUGGAGCCGGUGACAUGUUCAAGAAUCUAGAUACCAGAGAACAGAUGGCUGAACGUGGAAAUGAGAAGUCUCUGGAAGAAGUUGAAGAGUUCAAGGAUAGCCCUAGCCGAAAACGAUGGGUCUUCAUUGUCACACUCAUGACCUGGUUUAUCCCUGACUUUCUCAUUCGCUGGAUGGGUAGGAUGCCUCGCAAGGAUGUCCGACAGGCGUGGCGAGAAAAGGUGGCUAUCAACAUGAUGAUUUGGCUCAGUUGCUUGAUUGCUGCCUUUUUCAUCGUCGUCUUCCCUCAACUCAUUUGCCCGAAGCAGUACGUUUUCAGUUCCGAAGAACUUUCAGCCUAUGACGGCAAGGAUGGAAAUGCUGCCUACGCCUCUAUCCGCGGUCAAGUUUUUGACAUCUCCAGUUAUGCUCCUGCUCACUAUCCCCCAUAUCUUGCUACCAAGACUUUGACUCAAUAUGGCGGGUUGGACAUUACUUCCUUGUUCCCGGUUCAGGUAUCGGCCUUAUGCAAAGGCAAAGAUGGGUCAGUAAAUCCUGCCGUCACGUUGGAUUACAAGACGACGAACGUCAGCGGUUCCGCCAAUGUCGUUAGCAGCCAGGAUCUCAACGCGCAUUACCACGACUUCCGAUCCUUCACCGACCUGCCUCAACCAUUCUGGUUUUAUGAAAAGAUGCAAAUGCUGAAAGCCUCCUGGAAGAAGGGCACGAUUGGUUACUCCGCACAAUACGUCGCUACCCUCGGAACUAAGCAAAACUCCAUCGCCAUUCUAAAUGGCCGUGUGUACGAUCUCACCAAAUAUCUUGUUGGUGGUCGUCAUGUUGUCGUUAGGGAGGGCGAAGACAUGCCAACUGACCCCGAUAUUGUCAAUUUUAUGGAUGAUCUUGUUGUCGACCUCUUCCAGCAGAAGGCCGGUUCUGAUGUAACUAAGCUAUGGAACGCUCUCGACAUCGACUCUGGCAUGCGUGAGCGUAUGCAACUUUGUCUCGACAACCUCUUCUACGUCGGUGAUGUCGACACGCGAAAUUCAACCAAGUGCCAGUUCGCUCAGUAUCUCAUUCUCGUUGUUUCUAUCCUGCUGUGCGCUAUUAUCGGAUUCAAAUUCUUUGCUGCUCUUCAAUUCGGAGGCAAGAAUAUUCCAGAGAACCUGGAUAAGUUCAUCAUGUGCCAGAUCCCUGCAUAUACCGAAGACGAGGAGUCUUUGCGCCGUGCCAUCGACUCAGCUGCUCGUAUGCGUUACGAUGAUAAGCGCAAAUUGCUCGUCGUUAUUUGCGAUGGUAUGAUUAUCGGUCAAGGCAAUGACAGGCCAACCCCUCGCAUCGUGCUCGAUAUCCUGGGCGUAUCUGAGACUGUGGAUCCCGAACCGCUCAGCUUCGAAUCUCUUGGUGAAGGUCUCAAGCAGCACAACAUGGGCAAGGUUUACUCGGGUCUUUAUGAAGUCCAGGGCCAUAUCGUUCCCUUUUUGGUCGUCGUCAAGGUUGGCAAGCCGUCCGAAGUCUCUCGCCCCGGAAACCGUGGUAAGCGAGAUUCGCAGAUGGUCAUGAUGCGCUUCCUCAACCGUGUCCACUACAACCUGCCCAUGAGUCCGCUAGAGCUGGAGAUGUAUCACCAAAUUCGGAACAUUAUUGGGGUAAACCCCACGUUUUACGAGUUCAUGCUUCAGAUCGACGCUGAUACGGUCGUGGCACCCGACUCGGCUACGCGCAUGGUUUCCUCUUUCUUGGACGAUACACGGCUGAUCGCUGUAUGUGGUGAAACCGCCCUCACCAACGCAAAAGGUUCCUUCGUUACCAUGAUCCAGGUCUACGAAUACUACAUCUCGCACAAUUUAGUCAAAGCUUUCGAGAGUUUGUUCGGCAGUGUCACUUGUUUGCCGGGUUGUUUCUCCAUGUAUCGUAUCCGCGCGGCUGAAACGGGCAAGCCUCUCUUCGUCAGCCGCGAAGUCGUGGAGAAUUACGCUACAAUUCGUGUCGAUACCCUCCACAUGAAGAACCUGCUCCAUCUUGGUGAGGAUCGUUACCUGACGACUCUGCUUCUCAAAUUCCACUCCCAAUUCAAGACAAAGUACAUCUUCAGCGCCCACGCAUGGACCAUCGCUCCCGACUCCUGGCAAGUGUUCCUCUCUCAGCGACGUCGUUGGAUUAACUCGACCGUACACAACUUGGUGGAACUUAUCCCUAUGGCCCAACUUUGUGGUUUCUGCUGCUUUAGCAUGCGUUUCAUCGUGUUCGUUGAUCUAUUGUCCACGGUUGUCCAACCCGUAACGAUAGCCUAUAUCGUGUACCUCAUCGUGUUAGUAUGCACCUCGACGUCCGUCAUUCCCAUCACCGCUUUCGUCAUGCUUGGCGCCAUCUAUGGUCUCCAGGCUAUCAUUUUCAUCCUGCGUCGCAAGUGGGAAAUGAUCGGAUGGAUGUUGAUGUACAUUGUCGCCGUCCCCGUUUUCUCUUUCGCUCUACCUUUGUACGCCUUCUGGCACAUGGACGACUUCAACUGGGGUAAUACCCGUGUGGUUGCCGGAGAAAAGGGUAAGAAAAUUGUCGUCACAGACGAAGGCAAAUUCGACCCUGCCUCCAUCCCGCGCAAGAAGUGGGAAGAGUACCAGGCCGAGCUAUGGGAAGCUCAGACCAGCCGAGGUGGUGAUGACACUCGCUCUGAAAUCAGUGGCUUCAGCUACGCAACCAAACCUGGUAUGCACCUCGGCGUUGCAGAGUACCAAUACGCAGCAUCGCGUCCGGGGUCCACCACCGGCAUGGUGCCACCCUACGACAUGAAGAACGCUGGCCACAUGAGCCGCAUGUCUUUUGCCCCGACAGAAAACCGAAUGAGCCAUUUCGGCGGCUCACAAUUCUUCGGCAACCAACACGAUGUAGAGAUGACCAAUCUCGCAGGCAUGCCAAGCGAUGAUGCUUUGCUAGCAGAAAUACGCGAGAUCUUGCGCACGGCGGAUCUCAUGACCGUGACGAAGAAGGGCAUCAAGCAGGAGUUAGAGAGGCGGUUCAACGUCUCCCUCGAUUCCAAGCGGUUGUACAUCAACAGUGCAACCGAAGCAUUGUUGUCAGGUCAGUUAUAGAAGAAGCCGGUCGAUACGUAGCGAAGUUUCAUGUUUCUGCAUAUAAUUGGAUGGCCAUGUUUUGAUUAAGACUAUAUACAUAAUAUACCACAUUGAAUAUUCUGAAAGGAGAACAGGGGGGGGCAACUCAUCAAACGGGACCAGAAUAUCUAAUAUCAUCUGGGUUUGGACCAAAGGGAAAUCAUUUCGGAGGCAAAAGGAAUUGUCAAAACAAAAGCUAAAGCUGAAAAGAGAAGCCACAUUUAUUAUAUUUGGAUAUUUAUCUAUCUAACGAAGACCAAGUUUGGAAAGUGGCGCCGAAUUUUGUUUUUUCGAGAGCAUUUCGCAAAGUAAUAAUGGAAAUAAUAUUGGGUUAACCCAUUCUUAUAUCAACACGUUUUAUGGCCGAUAUAGCUAGCGAUCUUAAAUGGGAGUUUUGGAUACCCAGUUUGACUGAUGUUCGGAUUCGAAGAGUCGUCCGCGUUACGCGUGUCUGUGCUAGUUUACUUGACAGGUUAUUGUUACCUAUCCAUCACAGCUAUUUAUGCUUAGUAGAUAC